AUGAGUGUACUAACAUCCCUAAAAGUAUUCUUCCUAACAUGGAUAUUGUUGUUGUUGACUUUCUACGCCUAUUACUUGUACAGCACUUCAGGCAAAGUUGAUGUACAACAACUGUUCAAUGAAUUUGGUAGUAACUUCAAGAAAAUAUCGGAACAAGUAAGUCCACUUUUACUAUGAAGAGAAUUAUUACAAUGUUUUAUGUUGUCUAUGACCUAAUAUUACCCAAUGUUUUAAAACUACUUUAAGAAAACUCAUCAAAUAUAUCGUAUUAUAAUAUAUUGCCGGAAACUGUUCUUACAGAAACUAACCCCAUCCACAAUAAAAUCUCUGGUAAACUACAGAAUGAACGACAAAGCCUACAGAAUGGAGUAUCUAAAAGAAUAUUUUGCAUCAGCCCAGCUUGAAGUUCCGCAUUUAGAAAAGGUACUGACUAAUUUGCAUAAUACUUUACAUAAAGAUAAGUAAAACACUGCUUUCUUAACAUUUUUUAAUCAACUUCAGAUAAACGACCUUCUCAAAGGAGUAAACAUAGAUUCACUAGAAGAAUACGAAGCCAAAAUAAGAAACUACGUGAAUUCAGAAGUUGAAGAAGACAAGAAACUCAAGUUCUUGAAUCAGUUAGACAUCUUCAAGGAGAACCUACCUCAUCUCGACGAAGCUAUCGAACUCAUGAUUCAGAACUUGUACAGUGAUCAAGAUAAAGAGUUGUAA